AUGGCUUUGAUCUCCAGCGUCGCGGCGGCUGCUCUAGCUGCCACUGGUAUGUAUCUCGAUGCCAAAUACUCCGUCAGGAGUGAUAUCGCACAGGUUCGAGGAGCCAAGCGACUUCAACAGUACGCCGAGGAUAUGUUCAAAGAACAUGGCGAGGAUGACUGGUCAUUCUACCAUGUCCUCCAUUCUACAUAUGCCGACAAUCACCAUACGAACAAGGAAGCAUUCGUAUUUGAGGGUCGGACUUGGACCUAUCGCCAGCUUCGCGAGGAGAUUGGUCGAUUGGCCGAAGCUUUCCAGCGGCUGGGGAUCAAGAACAGGACCGUGGUGGGAAUGUUUAUCAACAACUCGCCAGAGUUUCUCAUCGCGUGGUGGGCGCUAUAUAAAAUCGGCGGCAUUCCCGCCCCAAUCAAUACAGCCAUCACGGGUCGUCACAUCAGGCACUGUCUCAAGAUCAGUCAGUCCGAGGUUUUCAUCACCACAUAUGAGCUGUGGGACAUUGCCGUAAAAGCACUGUCUGCGGGCACGGGAAACGAAUCUUCACAGCUACCUCAUCUGCGGGCGACUGUCCUGUACGACUACAAUUCGUACCCGCCCACUACCUCGGAACUCCCAGAGGUAUAUCUGGUAAAGCAUGACGGCCUGCCCCCUGUCACUCCGGAGAUGGGAGACUUCCCCAAAUCAACGAGACCCAAGGUUGGCCCCACCGAUGCUGCGCAGUACCUGUUCACAUCCGGAACGACGGGAAUGCCCAAAGCACUCAAUUGGCCGUUGGGAUACAACCACUUGACCGGGUGCUCCAAGAGAUGGCCGGGGAUGCAAGAAAAAUACCGACGGUUCUACAUCUGUUUGCCCAUGUUUCACGGCACGGCGUCAUUUGCAGCGUUGCCGGCCACUUUUGCCUCAUCCGGAACCGUCAUUCUUGCCAGGCGAUUUUCACGUCGGGAGUUCUGGGCCGAUUGCCGUCGAUCCCAUGCGAAUGCGAUCCUCUACAUUGGUGAGAUGUUCCGAUACCUGGUUCAGGCAUCUCUAGAUCCUCGAUUUCCGGAUGAGAAGAAUCAUGGAGUCGAUCUAGCCUUUGGGCUUGGUCUUGCCCCCAACGUUUGGCGAGCAGUAAGGGAAAGAUUCGGCAUUCCCUGGAUUGUGGAAUAUUAUUCAGCGAGUGAGGCUACCGUCUCCCUGAUUAAUUCAAACAAGAAUGAUCUCGGUGUUGGCAAAGUCGCUCGAUGGGGGCCAAUCAUGCGCAGUCGGUGGUUCGGGCAGAACACCUUCUACAUUGUCAAAACCGACAUCGAAAGCGGAGAGUUGGUGAGAGAUCCCAAGACGGGGUUCUGUAUCCCGACAAAGCCCGGGGAGAUAGGGGAGUCCAUAUGUAGGAUUGCUCCACCGAUCCAGAGAAAACAUGAUUAUGUUGGCGAGGGUGGUGCAGAUGCCACUCGGAAGAAAACCUUGACGAAUGUCUUUGAGAAGGGCGAUGAGUUCUUCCGGAUCGGAGAUGCUUUGAUGAUAGAUAAAGACGGCUUCAUUUCAUUUCAUGAUCGGUUAGGCGACACCUACCGUGCAAAAGGACACAAUAUUUCCACCACCGAGGUCGAGAACUGGCUCAGUCGGCACCCUCGCAUUGCAUCGGUGAACGUAUAUGCAAUUGCCAUGAAUCACUAUGGAUACGAUGGACAACUGGGUUGUGCAGCAAUCACCUUGCAUGAUGUUGCUCCCGGUCAAUUUGAACGCGUGCAAAAUGAAACGAUGUCACAACUGGAACGCUGGCUUCGGACUUCAGAGAGCGCUCUUCCGGCGUACGCCGUACCCCGAUUCGUCAGGGUCCUGGUCAACGAGGAUGCAGUUCCAGACCAAGGAGGGAUGACUGGCGAUAGUGGUAGCGAACGGGUUUCAGUCAUCAUGAAAAAACUGAAGACAGGACUCCGAAAGGAUGGCUUUCGGAUCCCUGCAGGCAACAAGGACAAGAUGUAUUGGAUCGAGAGGGAGGGUUCAGGUUUUGUGCCGUUGACUGCCUCCGCCAUUCAAAUGCUUGUUUCCGGCAAGGCCCAGCUAUGA